GAAAAAAAAAACAGAAGCAACACAAUACAAUAACAACGUCAUACUUGUAUUAUGCAAAUAAAUAUUACAAAUACUGGUCCAACAAUGGCUGCAUCAGAGCCACCAGAACCACCACCGCGUAAUCCGGAGCGUAUUAAUGCAACAUUACAUAAACUUGCUGAAUCUAAAAACAUUAAAUCAUUAGAUUCAUCAGUGUUAAACGAUAAAACAGUCAACAACAAUAAACCAUUGAAAACAAUUUUAUCACUGGACACAGCAUCAGCAGCAGCAGUUGCUACGGGCAAUUUAGCAACCGGAAAACUAGUUACAACAUUAAAUAACUUACCAUCACCAUCUGGUUCAGCUGGGCCAACAGCAGCUGGUUUAAAUUUUAAUAAACAACAGCAGCAGCAACAGCAACAACAACAGAAACUCCAGCAGCAACAACAAAAUGAUUUAACUCCCAGUGGUGGUGAGAGUACAACAUCACCGUUGAGUUCAAACGGUAGCAAUCAUACGCUUACCUCACCAAUGACGAUUGAACAGCAGCAGCAGCAACAACUACAUCGUGUAAAUUAUCAAACAACUGCAACAUCGGCCGCAGCAGCAGCUGCAGCAUUAAUUAAAGGUGGUGGUGGUGGCCUAGAGACCACAAUAGUUGCAUCACAUAUGACGCAACAGCUAAAUGGUAGUGGCCAACGUGGUAGUGGCGUUGGUGGCCUAUUAACCGAACAACAACAGCACAACCUACAACUACAACAAUUGAAUAAUCAUCAUUUAAUUAAUGGUGGCAGCACAGUAGUGGCAACAGCAACCGGAAGUAGCGGUGGCAGUGGCGGCUCCUCAAGUAACAACAGUAAUCAUAGCAACAGUUUAAGUGGCUCGAAUGCCUUUAAUAUCAAUAACUUAAUUGCUACACAUACAUCAUCAGCAACAACAACAACAUCAGGAGUUGUUGCCACAAACAAUUUACAAACAUCCCUGGAUUCUCCCACAAAAUUACGCGAAGAAAACGAACGACUAACUACCGAGGUUUAUCGUUUACGCAAACUGCUGGAAAAUUCUCCUGAGGGUGCCGUGGGCGGCAUCGAUCUCUCCGAUUCAAAUAGUUGUGGCGAUGGACAAUCAACCGAUGGCAGUGGUUCUAACACUCAACAGCGUAUUGAUCGCUUGGAGCAGGAACUACGUACGGCUAAAAAUCAAUUAAUGUCUCUGCGUAUUGAAAGGAAAAAACUGCGAAGUGAUAAAAAUGAAUUAGUGGGUCAAGUGAAGCAGUUGUGCGUUUCACUGCAGGAAAAAGAACAGGAGCUAAGAGAUUUUAUACGUAACUAUCAGGAUCGAGUGCGAGAGUCGGAAAGCAACAAUGCCAAGUUAACGGGUGAUCGUGAGCGUGAACGAUGGCAGCUAUUGAAACAGGCCAGAGAUGAAGCUGAACGGUCGUUGGCUUUGGCCCAGCAAUUGAGUGCUAGAGAUUUGCAGCUGCAAAAACUACAAGAACAAUUACAGAGACAAAUGUCGGGCUGUCUAUCGGAUCAAGAAAGUCUUUUAUCCUUUGCCCCACUCACACCGCCUUCAGCGGCAUCGGGUCUGUUAAACCAAAUGCCCUCGGGCAGUGCUGGUGUGGUGAAUUAUCGUAAUGAUGACAGUGGUCGUGGCAAUUCAAAUUCUUUGUCGGCCUUUAGUAAUAGUUCGGGUAAUACGGCCGGCGAUCGUAAUUCAUGUUCGAAUGAUUCAGUGCUGAGAAAUAACAGUGAUCGCGAGAGUACUGGUGGGGACAUUAACUUUAGUGAUGGUAUAUCCGAUAAUGGUCCCUGUAUUACAGUGGAUCCGGAUAGUAUUUCAUUGGUAUCUAGUCAAAAUAUGUAUCAGUAUGGCACUCCUAAGGAAAGAAGUCCCACGUUGUCUCCCUUAAACUCGGCAGCUUAUUCAAGAUCUGUGGAACAGUUGGGCUCUCCUGUUGAUUCUGAUGGACCUGGCGCAGUGGCCCGGAAAUUUGCACCCAAAUCGAGUGGUGCUGCUUUGGGUGCUCGCAAUGGACGUGGCGGUACUUGGGGCAGUAUAUCUAGAGUGUUUGCUAGGUCUAGAAAUAAAAAUAAAGCCCUCUCAGCAGAUGGAGCCACCGAAUAUAAUGACUACUCCUGGAGCCCUCUAUCCGAAGAAGGUUAUGCCGAAAAGUUACGCUUAUUACGCGAAGCCUCUCAAAUACCCAUGGAAAGAUGGCGGGCCUCACAAGUUUUAGCCUGGCUAGAAGUUGCUCUAGGCAUGCCUCAAUACAGCACCCGCUGCUCUGAGAAUGUUAAAAGUGGUAAAGUUUUAUUGGAAUUAAAUGACAUAGAGCUUGAAGCUGGUCUGGGUUUGGCACAUCCCAUGCAUCGCAAAAAGCUGCGCUUAGCUAUUGAAGAGCAGAGAAGGCCGGAAAUGGUACGUUAUCCCAUGAUUACACAAUUGGGUCAUACUUGGGUGGCAUCCGAAUGGCUGCCGGACAUUGGUUUGCCUCAAUAUGCUGAAUCUUUUUUGCAUUCGCUGGUGGAUGCCCGUAUGCUGGACACACUGUCCAAAAAGGAGUUGGAGAAAUUUUUAGGUGUUACGAGAAAAUUCCAUCAAGCCAGCAUUGUGCAUGGUAUACAUGUCUUACGAAUUGUUAAAUAUGAUCGACAAACCCUGGCUAUGCGUCGUGUACAAUCGGAAAAUGUUGACACCGAUCCCAUUGUGUGGACCAAUCAACGUUUUAUACGCUGGGCUCGUUCCAUAGAUUUGGCCGAAUACGCUGAUAAUCUUAAAGAUAGCGGUGUUCAUGGUGGAUUAGUUGUUUUGGAACCAUCAUUUUCGGGCGACACAAUGGCAACAGCACUGGGUAUACCACCCUCAAAGAAUAUAAUACGACGACAUUUAUCAACGGAAUUUGAUGCAUUGAUACUACCCGCCAGAGCUACAUUGGGUCAAGGCAUACGCUCCGGUUGUGGCAUUGUGCCCAUAACUGGUCCCGGCGGUUUACAACACUAUGGCACGGCCGAUAGACGUUCCAGUGGCAGUUUGAGGAUAUCGGCAUGGAAAGGAUCACAGAGUUCUCUCUCAAAAGCCUUCCGUUUUAACGCAAAAUCAUCCCGCAGCGGUAGCUCAAUUGGCGACCGCACCUCUGUUGGGAACUCCACCUCCCCAACACCAUCGUUUAGUAGCUCAGAAGGGGGCGGAGGAAUUUACGCCACUAUAGGCGGUUCACAUCACUUUACCCACCAUUUUCCCCCACCUACAACAGCACCACCUCCACCACCAUCCUCACAACAAUCCCACUAUCACCAGCAACAAUACUAUCAACAGCAGCUGCAAAAUCCUGCAGCCUCAGCAACAGCCGCUCAUCGUGUAAGUGCGCCACCCUCUGGCAGCGGCAUUGAAGCCAUAUCAGAUCCAAAUCUCCUAUACGAACAACAUCGACGUGUCAAGAGCAUUAACGAUAUUGGAGCAACGGCUGCCUCCUCAUAUGGUUCAAGUUCAGCUUUGGCCCGCGAUCGUUUAAGUAGUGGCCUGGGCAGUGCCGCAGACUCGGGCAGCAUAUGUAGUGGUCUUAGUGGUACUGGUGCUAUAAUACAUGAAAAUAGUCAGGGUGCCUCGACAGCAUCCUCAAAUUCACCCGUAUGAGAAUCAAUUAUAAUGUAAGCCCAUUAAGGACUUGCAUAUUAUAACACACAAAUUA